UGAAAAUAAUGAUAAACUUACGUGUGAGAGUAUUUUGAUCGUAUAGUUUUCAAUGCUUUCAUUGGUGCAUUAGCCAGCAUCAUAUUCAACUCCCUCGCAAUUGGAACAAUAUCCGCUGCGACAUAACCUGCAUCAAAAAAUUAUGCACUACAGUACAGUAAACACUACUAACAUUGCAAAUUUCAUAGACUAAAUGCUUGUUUACAAAUAUACACUUGACUAGUAUUUUAGUGUAUUUUAGGGGAGAAAUAAAUAUUCUGUAUGCGAUUAACAGAUGUUCCAAUUUUUGGACCACCACGCAUAUAAGAAAAGUUUCUGAAAAAAACUUGACAAAAACUGUAAAUAUAUUAGAAAUUUCACUAAAAUGUAAGCAACAGUUCAUUUUAACAUCCCCGAGAAAUUUCAAGCAUUACAUUGUACUACUCUCUCAACAUUAUAUACAAUAUUCAUUAUUCCCCAACCAAAAACUGCAAAACAAAGGCAAAAACCCAAUUUUUCUAAAGAUGCAACACUUAUCAAAGAUUACAUUGCAUUGAGUUUUCCGUUCAUUUUUUAUUUUUCAACUCAGUUAAAGUGUGGCCAAUGGGAGAUCAGUGGAAACAUAAGAAAUCUCACCUGUAUAAUGAGUCAAAGUUGGCGUCCAAUCAUGCGUCUUCAUCAUCUUCAUCGCAAGUAAAAGUGCAGAAGCUGCCACCUUGGAAUCACGCUGACAGACAAACUGGUAUUCCAUAAGUGACAACUCCAGGAUGUAGCGAGCAAGAGUUAAUGUUUCUAUGGGAACUUGACCACACUACAAACAGGAAAAACAAUGUAAGGUUGUUUUUAUGUUAAUAACAACUGGUAUUCCAUAAGUGACAACUCCAGGAUGUAGCGAGCAAGAGUCAAUGUUUCUAUGGGGACUUAACCACACUAAAAACAGGAUAUAUGAACAAUGUAAGGUUGUUUUUAUGUUAAUAACAACUGGUAUUCCAUUAACGACAACUCCAGGAUGUAGCGAGCAAGAGUCAAUGUUUCUAUGGGGACUUAACCACACUAAAAACAGGAUAUAUGAACAAUGUAAGGUUGUUUUUAUGUUAAUAACAACUGGUAUUCCAUUAACGACAACUCCAGGAUGUAACGAGCAAGAGUCAAUGUUUCUAUGGGGACUUAACCACACUAAAAACAGGAUAUAUGAACAAUGUAAGGUUGUUUUUAUGUUAAUAACAACUGGUAUUCCAUUAACGACAACUCCAGGAUGUAGCGAGCAAGAGUCAAUGUUUCUAUGGGGACUUAACCACACUAAAAACAGGAUAUAUGAACAAUGUAAGGUUGUUUUUAUGUUAAUAACAACUGGUAUUCCAUUAACGACAACUCCAGGAUGUAACGAGCAAGAGUCAAUGUUUCUAUGGGGACUUAACCACACUAAAAACAGGAUAUAUGAACAAUGUAAGGUUGUUUUUAUGUUAAUAACAACUGGUAUUCCAUUAACGACAACUCCAGGAUGUAACGAGCAAGAGUCAAUGUUUCUAUAGGAACUUGACC